CCAAGAUGCCCAUAUGAAGCCAAGCUUUGGCUCCACAUAUGGACCCAGAUCCUUCAACCAAGCCAAACAUGAAUGUGAGAAAUAUUUUUCUGAUACUGAAGCCAAAAGAGAGGAAGAUAAGGUAGAAGAAGAAACAUCUGCUGUGAUCUGCGAGCUCUUCCAUGGCUUCCUCGCAAUUGGAACUCUCAACCUGGAACCAAUUAUUAAUGAGCCUGCAACACCUACGUUUGCCAUGCCUCUGGAGAGCAUAACUGAGAGCAAAACAGAACUGACAGACAAUGACUUGAAGCUCAUCAACUAUGAGCUGGAGAAGUUCCUUGAGGCUGAAACUAAAGAAGAGUGUGGUGACGACUCAUCUGGGAGGAACAGUCAUGCUAGCACUAUUACACUCAGUGGCAAGCAAAUGGAUGAGGCUGAAACCGAGUGUUAUGAGAAGAUUUUGGUAUGUCCACUCCAAGGAUAUCUAUUUGGCUCUUCAAUUGAACUUCCAGAAAUGAGAAAAGAAGUAAAGAAAGAGAAGACAUCACUUGAAGAGCUGUUUCUUAGGACAGCAAUAACAAAUGAGAAAGACACAGAGAAAAUUGAGGGGGGGAAUAUGCAGGCCAUGAAAGCACAAAAGUCCGCCAUGCAUCUUGUGAAGAAGAUGCUUAAAAAGCUCCAUGCUUCUUCAAGGAACUCUGUCCCUUCUAAGAGUGGUGAUGCAGCUGACUCUAUUUCAACCAAGAAGAUACUCCGCAAGGUUGGUCUUUCAGAACUAGAGUAUUCGGAGAACCCGUGGGUCUAGACAUAAUCCUUAUACUAAUAACACUGCAUUCUAAUCACUUAUAGACUAUAGUCUAAUAAGCUCAAUGUGAAUUCCUCCUCUACGCACAUUACCAGACAAUUAGGAUAUACAGAAGUUAAACAAAAGAGUUAGAUUUUUAUUUUUAUUUUUUCUGGGCAAACAAAAUAAUUAGAUGAUAUGGAUUAUCUGCCACCUAUUCAAGAUCCUGUCUCAACCUCUUGACCCAAGCAAUCUUGCUAGCAAGAGAUCUUAUAGUCUUUUAUUAUAACUUACCUUAACCCCCCGCCGCCAACCCACAAAAAGGAAGAAAAAAUACUAUUUUGAAAGCACAACAAAGGCUGUCACACUAAGGAUCCUCCAAUCAAAGUCAACAAUAACGAAUACAAAGCACAGUAGCAAUGUGAAACAUGUUAUCUAACAAUCUUAAUAUCCAACGGGAAAAAUGUUUAUCCCUCAAACCAAUUGAUAAAUUUUAAGGAUAUAUUGUACUCUUUAUGUAUCAUUUGACCUUGACCACAAUUUAAUUAAGACUUGUGCCUCCACAGUGCAUUAAAUGGAUCUAAAAAUCUGUCCACAAGAGAUGUUAGCUUCUUUAUAUGUGGCAUGCAGGUCAUACGUAUGUUCCACAAAAAAAUCCAUCCUGAAACCACUAUAGCUGCAAGAGAUUUUGCUGAUUCCCACACCUAUAAGGCCAAUAAUGCUCCCAACGGCUGCUACAACAAUAAAGAGCAUAUGUACCCAGGUGCAGACAACAAUGGCUUUACUCUAGGGUCCAUGUCAAAGAUGGGUAUCCCAUGUCAUAAGUCCAACUUGAAACCACCUCAAGACAGGCUGCAUGGCAGUAAUUUAAGUGCAAAAGAGCAUUGGAUCAAGACAGAUGCAGACUACUUGGUGUUGGAGCUUUAGUGACUGGAUUUGAAAUAAGAUAAACAUGUCGUCAUCCUCAUAAGUAAGAAUGUAAAUGCAGUGUUUGAUUAUACAUAUUGUUAUGUUGUGAGUGAUAGAGCAAUGAGGACUCAAAAGAAAGUCAAGGGUUGAGAAGGUAUGUCUUAUCUUCCUCAGUGUGUUAAUAAAGCUGUGACUAUUUUCAUGUAAGCCUCCUAAUAAUGGUAGUUUGGGUAACUUGAUUAUCCAAAGUAUUAUCUGUAUUACUAAGAAUAUCCCAGGAUUUAAGUAAGAAGGCCCUUCCCAUAUCAUGCUUAUUUUGUCGUGUGGAGCACUUCAUUCUUUUCUUAAACAUUGACUACAGUGUAUGCAUAAGUAGUCAUCUGCAUCCAUUCCCCUUAAUGAAGUCAAACAAUAUGAGAACUAGAGGCCAUGUUUGGUUAAGUCCAUUUUUCAAAAGUUUCCAAAAAAGUUUUUCAACUUCAAACCAAAUACCUUUCAAUCUA